GACUGUGGUGAUCUACACACACAAGACGUUUGGGAAUCAGAUGCAAAGCACAAGGACUGACUCGGGUGUGUACUAAAAGCACAAGGCUGGUUUAGUUUGGGGCAGAUUUGCAGUGAGCAGCCUGCAGGUGCAUGACCUAUCUCCAGGCCAGCAGCUGUGAAGACCCAGGCAGCGUUUCCUUCCUCUUCUCACCCGGCUGCUGACAAAGAGGGCACCGCUACUCACGCAAGCUCAGCCGCUUUGCAAUGUGGAAGAAGGUCUCUUUCCUGGGCGUGACGACACAACGUGACGGCAGGGGUUCGGAACGACACUGUCAGCCAGCGCUGACUCCCGGGCCAUUCCCCAACCCAGCCUCGACCUUACAACACCCAGCAUGGAGGUGGAAGCCAAGGUGAUCAGAGAGGGUUACCUCGUCAAAAAGGGGACAGUGUUCAACUCGUGGAAGGCUGUUUGGGCUGUGCUUUUGGAAGAUGGCAUUGAAUUUUACAGGAGAAAAUCUGACAGGAGUCCGAAAGGAGUUCUCCCCUUGAAGGGGAGUUCAGUUGUAUCCCCCUGUCUGGACUACAGCAAGAGAGCGUUUGUCUUCAAGUUUCGUACGGAUAAGAGUCAGGAGCAUUACCUGCAAGCCUCACACGGUGAGGAACGGGAUGCCUGGGUGAAAGACAUGAAGAGAGCCAUCCAGUUCAUCGAAGGUGGCCAAACGUUUGCCCGCAAGUCCACCAGGAAGUCCAUCAAGUUGGCCAGUGAUAUUAACUUGGGCGCGUUAUACCACUCCAUGAAGGACCCUGAGACGGGCGUGAAGGAGCACAAGUUAAAUAAAGAUAAGAAGAUCUUCAAUCACUGUUUUGCAGGUUCCUCCGUGAUAGACUGGCUGCUGUCUACGAACUUUGUGAGGAAUCGGCGUGAAGGCAUUCUGCUGUCUGCUGCUCUGGUGUGCGAUGGUUAUAUUCAGGCAGCAGAGGAGAAGAGCAAAGAGGCUGCCGAACAACUGGCCGAGAACUGCUUCCUGGACGACAGUGAUGCUUACUAUUACUUUGCUGACAGUGGCUUCUUCAGUGAAGGAAAUUCAAGUGACGAUGAAGAUGUUUUAAAGGCGGAAUUUCGAGGCGUUGUUAUCAAGCAAGGAUGCCUGCUGAAACAGGGUCACAGGAGGAAAAACUGGAAAGUGCGGAAGUUUGUGCUCCGUGACGACCCUGCCUACCUGCACUACUACGACCCCGCUGCGGGUGAGCAGGACGAGCCGCUUGGGUCCAUCCACCUCCGCAGCUGUGUGGUGACCGCUGCAGAUGACCACCCGGACGGAAAGAAAUCGGACGUUCGGGGGAACCUGUUUGAGAUCAUCACAGCGGAUGAGGUGCACUACCUGAUGCAAGCUGCCACACGCGAGGAACUCACAGAAUGGAUCAAAGUCAUUAAAAAAGUGGCCAUGAGUGGGAAAUGAAGGCAACGUUAAAACAAUGAAGGAUGGCCAAUAUUCUAGGGCAACUCAAGAUAUGUUGUAAAGAUGUGUAGUAUUAACCCCACACUCAAAUAUUUAACCCUUUAUCAACCACAUAGUUUAGUUUACUGCCAUGUGUACCGAGGUACAGUGAAAAGCUUCUGUUGCGUGCUAACCAGUCAGCAGAAAGACAGUCUGAGGAAGGGUCUCGACCCGAAACGUCACCCAAUCCUUCUCUCCAGAGAUGCUGCCUGUCCCGCUGAGUUAAUCCAGCUUUUUGUGUCUGUAUUCACCAGAAACAUAGAAACAUAGAAAUUAGGUGCAGGAGUAGGCCAUUCGGCCCUUCUAACCAGAAAGACAAUACAUGAUUCGAAUCGAGCCAUUUAAAGUGUGUAGGAAUGUUGCUGUGGGUUUAGCGAUGUAUGAGUGUGGUAGAUAUAAUUGUGGAACUGCUUGUGUGGCUAGCACGCUUAUAGUCUCCUGGGCUGCGCGCCCGCCAUCUUGGAAACAUCAUCAACUAUGACUGAUCACUGCUAUAAAUAAAACCCUGCCUUGUGAAUAUUUCUAACCUAGUACAGAAAUUGGCCAGCUGUAUUUCAUUUCCUGUUUAUUGUUGCAUGCCUCAUUAACUUUCUAUUUUCGGAUAGGUAUUUCCAAAAGCAUACAAGUUAAGUUCAGUUUAGGCAAUAGACAAUAGGUGCAGGAGGAGGCCAUUCGGCCCUUCAAGCCAGCACCGCCAUUCACUGUGAUCAUGGAUGAUCAUCCCCAAUCAGUACCCCGUUCCUGCCUUCUCCCCAUAUCCCCUGACUCCGCUAUUUUUAAGAGCCCAAUCUAACUCUCUCUUGAAAGCCUCCAGAGAACCGGCCUCCACCGCCCUCUGUGGCAGAGAAUUCCACAGACUCACAACACUCUGUGUGAAAAAGUUUAGUUUAUUGUCACGUGUACCGAGGUACAGUGAAAAGCUUUUGUAGCGCGCUAACCAGUCAGCGGAAAGACAACACAUGAUUACAGUCGAGCCAUUCACAGUGUACAGAUACAUGAUAAGGGAAUAACAUUUAGUGCAAGGUAAAGACAGCAAAGUCCGAUCAAGGAUAGUCCGAGGGUCACCAAUGAGGUAGAUAGUAGUUCAGCACUGCUCUCUGGUUGUGGUAGGAUGGUUCAGUUGCCUGAUAACAGCUGGGAAGAAACUUAUAGCUAAUAUUGUCUGAUGUUGAUGAGUCAGGUAUAUACGUCUGCAACUGAUUCAGUUAAGAAGUGAUGUGAUUUAUAUUAAUCACUCAUCAUGCUUUGCUUACGGUGUCUAUUUUGUAAAGUCUAAAGCAAAACUAACACGUAUUAUUAUCACGUGCACCGAGGUACAGGCUUCUUCUUCUUGCGUGUGGCGUGUGGCAUGUGGCGUGUGGCAUAUGGCAUGUGGCGUGCACAGCCUAAAGUUGUAGGACAACUUGUUCUGUUUGAUCUUAUUUGAUUGUGCACACCGGGUUGAUUGCAUUCGUCGAAACAAGGCGGACUACGUGAAGGUUGCAAUCUCCCCCCCGCCCCGAGGUACAGUGAAAAGCUUUUUAUUGGGUGCUAACCAGUCUGCGGAAAGACAGUACAUGAUUACAGUCGAGCCAUUUACAGUGUACAGCUACAUGAUAAAGGGAAUGAUGAUAAAGUCCGAUCAAACAUCUUCCGAGGGUCUCCAAUGAGGUAGGUAGUAGUUCAGCACUGUGAUAUAGUUGUUGGUAGGAUGGUUCAGUUGCCUGGUGAUAGCUGGGAAGGAUGAAAAUAUGUGGCCCAUUAGUUAGAUUGCACCAAGCAAUUAUGCUGAUGUGUGGAUCCAAACCUCAACCUCCCCUUCCCCCUACAUUCCUUCCUCUAGCUUCACAAUUUGCAAGUCUUCAAUCCUUUUGUCUCACUCCUGUCCAUUCAUUGCUGGCCUUUGUCCAACCAUCUGUCUGAGGAAGGGUCCUGACCCGAAACGUCACCUAUCCACGUUCUCCGCAGAUGCUGCCUGACCCGCUGAGUUACUCCAGCACUCUGUGAAACGUCACCUAUCCAUGUUCUCCGCAGAUGCUGCCUGACCCACUCAGUUAUGGUGCAACAGCAUCUAUGCAGCUAAGGAAAUAGGCAACGUUUCGGGCCGAAACCCUUCUGGAAAUAGGCAACGUUUCGGGCCGAAACCC